AUCGACGCGUCUCUUUCUUACCACCACCAUCCACCCCUCAAACGCGUCUUUUUCCUUCUCGCCCACCAUGCUCGAGGCCAAGCUCCAGGAAGCCAGUGUUCUCAAGAAACUACUAGACGCCAUCAAAGAGCUCGUCACUGACGCUAACUUUGAGUGCAAUGAGGAGGGCAUCAACCUCCAGGCGAUGGACAAUUCUCAUGUCGCAUUGGUUGCUGUGUUACUAGAAGCGCCCGGCUUCAAGCGGUAUAGAUGCGACCGACCAAUGCCCCUGGGCGUGAACCUCGCCAGCCUCACCAAGGUCCUCAAAUGCGCAAAGGACGAUGAUGAAUGUACAAUCAAGGCCGCUGAUGAAGCUGAUGUGCUGAAUUUGGUAUAUGAAGCCAAACACACCGACCGCAUAGCGGAGUAUGACAUGAAACUGAUGGACAUCGACUCUGACACACUUGGGAUACCAGAAACUGACUACGAUGCACGUGUAACAAUGGCGUCCGUUGAGUUCGGCAGGAUCGUGAGAGACCUGUCUUUGCUCGGCGAAAGUGUGCGGAUCGAAGUUAGCAAGGAAGGCGUGAGGUUUGCUAGUGACGGAGAGGCUGCCAAUGGAAGCGUGCUUUUGAAGCCUACGGAGGGCGUUGGCAAAGUGCCUAAGAAGGACGAAGACUCCGAAGAGGAGCAGGGUGAGGAAGCAAACGGCGACGACGAAGACGAGGAGCAGGCCGAAGAUGGAAAGAAGACCAAGAAAGAGAAGACCAAGGUUAAGAAGGAGAAAGACACUGAAGACGUUGAGAUGGAGGAUGAAGAGGAAAACGGCAAUGAGGACUUUAAACCCGAGGGUGACGACGAUGAAGAGAAGAACUCUGAUGACGAGGAGAGCGGAAAGAAGAGAAAGAAGAAGCAAGCGAACGGGACGAGCAGCAAGAAGGCCAAGACCGCAUCGUCAUCCUCGAAAGGUAAAGGAAAGAAGAAGGAGAAGGACGACGAUAAAGACUUUGAGGGCGUCAUCAUCGAGUUGAACCAGCAUGUCUCAUUGACGUUCUCGCUGAAGUACUUGGUCAACUUUUCCAAGAGCCAGAGCUUGUGUGGAAAGGUCCAGCUGAUGAUGAGCAACGAUGUGCCGUUGCUGGUGUCGUACGAGUUCGGCCAAGGACACAUCCGGUACUACCUCGCGCCAAAGAUCGGAGAUGACUGAUCAUGGGCAUUUACAAAAAUUUCGACCUAUCUAUCUAUCCUAGUGUUCUCUCGUUUCUUCUUUUUUCUCUUCUAUGUUGUGUUAUACUGGAUACUUGGUUGCCCGCCACAAUAAAACAUCUGUUUGUCUCGUCCAACUGUUUCUUUGAUCGCUAUAAGAUUAUCAGUGCGAGAGGGUAGUAGAUUCUGUAUCGUAACUAUACUAUACCAGAGUUGUUCUAAUGCUGCGCAUGCCC